CUUUCUUUCUUUCUUUCUUCUUCUUUUACUCUCUUUUCUCUCAUGUGCCUGUCUCACUUCCUUAACCCAGCAAAUUGAAACCUGGGUGUACCCUCGUAAACCCGUUUCUCAGGACCAAGCAACACCUGUUUCCCGACUCGCCCUCGCCCUCUCCGACUUAUAGUACGCCAGCCGCAAGAUGGCCGCCCGGCCGGGAGAGGAGAACGUAGCCACGCUCUACGGAGACAUACACUACUUCUACGGACCGCAAACUGAUAAGCCGCCCCAUCACCGGUUCGACAAGGGCUCCUACGUCUACCUCUUUGAGGAUGCGAACCAAGGGCGCGCCCGGCUUGAGAUUGCCAACCAGCCCGGCACCGAGGACCAGGACGCAUUCGAUGGCUAUCUCGACAGAGUGCACCUCCGCUACUCGUACAGGCACACCUGCCUCGUGACGCUUACCGUGGGCGAGGUCGAGGGCACUGAGGAAUGGCAUCUGCCGACCUAUGACCCCCACAACCAGAAUAAAUACCACUACAAGCUCCACUCGCUGGAUAUUUACUUCUGGAAGCCCCAGGACGCCGUCCAAUUCGUCAACGGGAUCCGGCGCGUGCUGCCACCGGAGCAGUGUGAGGUCCUGGAUGAGCCCGGUCCGCCGCCGCGCCAGUCGGCCGACGUGAGCUCCGUGGUGCAGAAACUCGAGCAGGCCGCCAUCUCCGAGUCCAACUCCGUCCAGGCUACGCCGGCCGGCCUGCAGCCCGGAGCGCCGUCUGGAGCACCGUCUGGAGCACCGUCCUUCCCCGGUCCUCCGGCCGUGGCCGUCACUAGCUCGGGAGAGUCGACAUCAGCUGCGCCGCCUCGGCAGUUCGCGCCCGUUGCCUACAACCCGGCGGCCCCGCCGCCCCCCGAGGAGAUUCGCCAUCGUGAGAAGACGCCGCCGCCCGAAGAUGGCGCCCCCAACCCCCUGCAGCAGACCUUGGCCUACGAUGCUACCACGCCGUUCUCGCCGGGCCUCGCCCCGAGCGCUCUCGGCCCGAGCAGUCAUGGCCCGCUCAGUCCCGGAGUCCCGCCCCCAAACAUCCAACACCCGCCGGGCGCCCCGACCUUUCCCGCCCCGCCGCAACACAGCGUCACCUCGCCCGGGUUUGCGCCGCAGGGGUUCGGCUCCCUCGGCGGGCAAGCAGCUGCCAUUUCUCAAACGCUGCCGCCCGUACACCCGGGCGUAUCCCGCGCCGCGACGAUGCCAGCUCACGGCGUAGGCGCUCCGCUCGCGAGCCCCGGCCUGGCGAGUCCGUAUCUCGUCAACUCGUUCCCCAACCACGCCCAAUACGUGCCCGGGGUCACCCACCAUACGCCGACGCCACCUGCGGCGGGAGUCGGGGUGCCUCCCCCUCCUCCCCCUCCUCCUCCUGCUGCUGCUGCUGGUGCAGGACAGGUGCAGAACGAGUAUGCCGUGCACCAGCAGUUUUAUAUCCCCGAGAACCAGUACAAGCCAAAGCAGGAAACCAGGGGCAAACUAGAGGAGAACGCGGCAAAGCUGGAAAGGGGUGUUACCGGAAUGUUGAAAAAGUUCGAGAAGCGCUUUGGUUGAGACGGGAGUGAUAGUCUAGACACUCUAGGUGCGGUGAUGGUUCGUUUUUGUUUCAUUUCAUUUUCAUGGCAGGGAAUCGCGCAUUACCCGCUGAGCUGUAGUUUCAAUGAUCAUUGCGAAUCUUGGAAAGGGGGGGGGGGGUCUGGUCCAUUCGGAGAAGACCGUAAAGUGAGCGAACUUUGCAGUUCCGUCUUCUAUCGAGAGUCUUUUACGG